AUGAGACGGAUCACUGAACUACUGCAAUUAACCGAUCCACGGAUAAUCACCAAUUACAUAUUCAUUCGUUUCACCUCCUCCUGGAGUGGGGAACUUGGAGAGCGGUUUGAAGAUGUCUCUCAGGAGUUUCACCGUUUGAUGUAUGGAAGAAAACAAAAAGCCCCUAGAUGGAAAGAUUGUACUUCUCAUACAAUGCACAGGAUGCAGUAUGCCGCUGGAGCCAUCUACGUGAGCAAAGUGUUCGACCAGGCAUCAAAAAAUGUGACGCUGGAGAUGGUAAACGAUUUACAAGAGGCGUUCCACGAGAUGCUUGUUGAGAACGAUUGGAUGGACAAGAAAACAAAAAAGACUGCCUUCGAAAAAGCGGAAGCUAUGCUGGAGCAAAUCGCUUACCCGUCGUAUAACUUCUCGUCCAGUAAGAAGUCUUGA